AUGCCAUCUCCUGCGACGCCGCGUGCCUCCAAAGGAGCAACCAAAGUGAAGGCCGUGGAUAUUGGAGAGCCCCUGGGGCUACACGACACCAACACCGUUCGCUCGCGAGUGCGAAAAUGGCAACAACAGGGUGGCGGUGUGGUGACUGUCGACGACCCCUACGCGGACGAUGAGAAUGAACCGAAGAAAGAAGAACCGAAAAAAGAAAAACCCGCCAAAGCCAAGGCUGAGAAGCUGGAGCAGCCUAAAGAAAAGCCCACACAGACGAGAAAGCGCAGUCACAGUACCCCGCGGAAACGAGUCGUGAGUGACGAACAUUGGAAGCGAACGCGGAAUCGAGCCUCGACCCAAUCCUCGCGCAACUUGCCCCCGCCCAAGCGCAUCUCGGAAUACACCACCAAUGAGGGACAGCCCAGGGUGUCACGGAGCAAACGGGUGGACAGCGAAGAUGAAGAUGACAUAGGUCGCGAUCUGCCUCGAUUCCAGGUCAAACGGGGAACGGGGCCUAGGUCUCCGGUUCGAGAUCCGAGAUCUGGAUCUCGAAAGAAUAUCGAUACCAUCACUGAGAGCGACUACGAAACGGACAACGGCAAAACGGUGGAACCGUCGGUGAUAUCGGAACGACUCAAGACACGGUCCCCUCCUCCGGAAGAUGCGUGGGCGACGAGCGAGGCGGACUUCUCUGAGCUAUCGAAGCGACGAGCACGCGGUGCGCCAAAGCCGCCCAAGGGUGGAAUCUUCGCUCAUAUGAUCGACGAGUCGAAGAAGAUAUUCGCCAAACCUGAACCAGAGCCACCGAGGCCAACGCCAACACCGACCACUGGUCGCGGGGCUAAGAUCGAGGCCUGGCUCUCAGAUACCCAUGAUCCUUUCAUGGAUGUGGAUAAGAGUGACAUGCCCGCCCCUCUCGAUCUCAAGUCUGGUCGCGCACGGCGAUCGCAAAAGCUGGUGGACGGAGAAACACCGGGUACACAGUCUGAGCCGUCCAUGACCAGUGAGCGUCCCAAGAGUUCGGAGUCUCGCCCAAAGAGCGCCGUGAGUCGGCACUCAAAAGGGAAAGACUCAUUCCCCUUGACGGACAAGCCGACGAAAUCACAAGAUCGAGAGAUGGCAGAACCAAAGCGUGUGAGCAUAGAUCAUUCAUCCAAGCCACCUGCGAAGAGUAAAGAGCCUCCUUCUCAGGAAAAGCCGCGCAAAGAAAGCAUCGCUGCCUCCGAAUCUGAAUUACAUCCUGGCUCAGAAGGCGGCUCUGAAGUGUCUGGCAAUAAUGCACCUGUGCCGCUUGGUCGUAAAAAGCCAUUCCCAUCUACUGGCUAUAAUCGACUAUCUACGAUUGCAUCUUCGGAAACCUUGAGCACGACAAUUUCCGAAAUAACCCUACCUGUACAGAGGUCUGCAGAGAGACGCAAGCCAUCACUGGUUGAGGUAGCUGAGGAUGCUGAGGAGGCGGAGAAAACAGAUCAGUUUGAUCCCGAUUCGCUUCCUGUUGUCUCUUCCCAAUUGAAAAGACGAUUGACUACUCACAAUGAUCUUAUGUCGGUCCUGUCAGUAUCGGUUUCCCGAAACAGAAGUACCCGCUCAAAUCGGAGCAUACGGACUAACAAGAGCCGUCUUGCCGCCGCAACCGUUGACGAUCUGCUUCAUGAGCUAUCGGGCGACGAGACAAAGUACAUGCGCGAGUUGAAGACCCUGGUCGGGGGUGUGAUUCCAGUUCUUUUGACCUGUGUGCUCUCUCGUUCUGACUCGGCAAUCGCAGCAGGCUUGUUCCGACCGUCUUUAGAUCCACAAGAUGACGUGAACUUUUCGAAGCCCAUUGUCAAUAUGGGUGUGGCGAUCGAACGGCUGAAGAACCUCCACAAGCGUAUCCCGCAGGACAACGCAGAUGCUCUCCUGACUUGGGCACAAGGUGCCCAGAGGGUCUAUCGUGAGUACCUCAAAGCAUGGCGACUUGGAUUCAAGGAUGUGAUUGUCAACCUUGCGCCUCUGGAGGAGGGUGAUGACGAAAAUGCCGACACAAAGAGCUUGGAUGAGGGCUUGGAGCGAGAUGAGAAUGGUGACAUUAUCGACGCAGACGGAGGAAAGGUCGAUGUCGCUUAUUUGCUGAAGCGGCCGCUGGUUCGGCUCAAGUAUUUGGCUAAGACCUUCAAGGGCAUCAAUGUGCUCGAGCCAACACCGAAGGCCGAAGAGACGGCUGUUGCGUAUCAGAGCCUUGUCGCCGAUGCUAGAAAGCGUGUCCGGGAUGAAAGAGCGAGGUUGGAAGACGAUUCUGCUGCUAGUAUUGACCCUUCACGGACAAGAGAUCCAAUGACCCUGGGUGUUCUGCAUGGUAUCGGCAUUGACCAGACUCGCCGCGUCCGUGCCCGUGACUUCUUUAACCUAUCAUUGUACCAUUCCAGUGGACAGCUUGUGGAUUGUCGUGCGGAGCUGCUGUACCGAGACAACACUUCGAGCAAGGGCCCUGGUGGUGACCUUCUCAUCUGUGAGAUAGAUCAUUCAGAUCGCUGGCUCCUAUUCCCUCCGAUGGAUCUUCGAUGCGUGUCAGCUCGCCGGGGCGAAUCUAAGCAUGAGAUUGUCCUCAUGCUGCGCAGCGCCCCGGACGAUCCUACAAAAUACUGGCAAGAGCUGAUCUCCCUUCGCAUUGACGAAGAAGAAGUUGGAACCGAAUGGGUCUCGCUUUUGGGCUCGGAUCCUGUUCCACCGUCAAUCUGUAGAAGCCAAAGCUUUAUCAGCCGUGCCAAGCAGAACAAAGCUCGCAAGCUCACCGGUAGUUCCCCGGCCAAGCCAAAUCCCAGUGAUGUCGAUAUCCCUAUCGGCGAGAAGGCUAGCAAGCGGCGCUCACUGACUCAGAAGGAACACUUCUCUGAGCCAAGCACAGUCAGCUCUGCCGAUGGACGAAGCUCAAUGUACUCAGCUACUACCCGUGAGACUGAAUACACCACCGGUGGAUCGGAAUUGUCUGGAAAAUCUGUUCGUCCAGACCUGCCACUCCUCCCUUCUACCGACUCGAGGAACUCGCCGUCUAGUCCCGAUAAGCCCUCCUCGGGCCUCAAGCGUUCAAAGGCCAAGCGGCUAUCACGAUAUGGUGAUGCGCCCGCUGAAUCUGGCUCUCAACAGAGUGCCAUAUCCGAGAAAGAACCCGAGAAACCUUCGGAGAAGGCACAUGAAGAGAGUGCCGCUGCAUCCCCCCAUCCCAGUACUCCAACGGGUGGCAGAUACUAUGGUAGUGAUGCGGACCAGUCUCCCAGCAAGGCAGCCCCAAGAGAAAAAUCACGCUCGCGGAUACCUCAGCCUCAGAAGACGCCUGUCAAGGAACCCGAGCCGGAAUCUCCUAGAGUAUCAUCUGUGCCUUCGACAACCCUUCCAUUGAUACCGAAGAUCCGAACUCCCAGUAGCCAAACCCAUCUGUCUACUCCCACAGACAUUGGCCCCGAAGAGGAAGAUUAUCCUCCGUUGGAGUCCUUGCCUAAGCACGAAGAAUUCCCUGAGACACCAACCAGAACCAGAAGGAAGAAGUCUCGCAGACGUCCGAGAUAUGAUGAUAGUCCUCCACCUCCCCCGCCUCACCGGUCAUCUAGCCCUGCCAACGACAAGCGUUCGAGUGCACCAGUCCUCAAUUCUAGCAGUGGCGGACUAAAGAGACGUGGCUCGUCGCCUCUUAAACAUGAAUAUGAACCAUCGACUGCGUCUGACUACUCGGAGACGGACUCGGAUGCGUCGACAGUGCGUCACUAUUCUUACUCCUCAUCCGAAUAUUCGAGGUCAGCGGACCUCACCGACUCCGAAGACGACUAUUCAUCGGUGUCUGAAGACGAUGAUGAUUAUGAGGAUACCCCGAAGCCAAACAUCCCUGAUGCGGUCACUGAAGCCAAUUCCCUCUCGCAUUCCAACUCUGCAUCCCAGAGUGGCUACCGUGCUGUGCCUCUGCAGCCCACAAAAACCUCCAAGGCAAUCGCCUCCGUCUUUGCCUGGUCUGACAAGGGCAACUGGGAGACUUUGCUUCCUGAUGAGUGCAGUAUCGUUGUUAGCCCUGGCCUGAUUGAGGCAUUCACCAUGGGAUCCGAGCCCGAUCCCAACUCGGACUCUGAAUCAUCAAAACCACUCAUCUCCCUCGAGCUGACACCUCUCGUUCCCAUCCGCCGCGGCACAGCCAUCGAUAUCAGUGUCCGGUCCCCGCCUACGGAGCGAUCUCAGAUCACCUCAAGCAACAACAUCAUGUUCCGCUCCCGUAGCCCGGACGAGUGCGACGCUCUCUACGGACUAAUCAACCAAUCCCGUAUCAACAACCCAACCUACAUAGCCCUCCAAAACGCCCGAGGCCCCUUCAUCAACGACAACGCACCGGCCUUUGAACCCGCCACAAAAUCAGGCGGCCUCUUCGGUUGGCCCCGCCGCCGCAAGAGCUACCGUGCCUCCGGCUCCCCCCGCUCUCUAGCCGAAGGCUCAGAAAGCAGCGUCGGAACAAUGAGCUCCGCCUUCUCGGCUCUCAAACGCUUCGGAGCAUCCAGCAAGAUGUUCAACAUCUCCCGCUCGACAAUCGAAUCCCGCCGCGAAGGAUCCGUCUAUUCUGAAUCCAACUCGCCAAACGCAAACACAGGUAUCGGCCGCAUUGCAGCUGCAAUCAAGGGCGCUGACGGAAUCGGUCUCUCAAACGCAAAAAUCCGCCUCUACGCUCGCGAAUCAGCUUCCAAAUGGCGCGAUCUCGGCGCUGCCCGUAUGACCAUCAUGCCUGCGCCACCUGCGAACCCGUCUCGCCCUACUACCAGUAGGAGUGACUCGAGUAUUCAGCCUGACGAUCCUUCGCCUCCUACUUCUGGCGCUGCGUCGCCGCGUCGUGCAAUGGAGGCUGAGAAGAGGAUCGUCAUCCGUGGUAAGACGCGCGGCGAGACGAUGUUGGAUGUUUGUCUUGGCGAGGAUGCCUUUGAGCGCAUUGCGCGAACGGGCAUUGCAGUCUCUAUUCGCGAGGAGAAUGAGGAGGCUGGUGUUGCACAGAAGGGUGGUGUGGCUACCGGGUCUGGUAGAAUCUAUAUGAUUCAGAUGAAGAGUGAAGCUGAGACAGCUUACACUUUUGGUCUUGUUGGGAAACUACGAUAUUGA